AUGGAAAGACUUUCUGAAAUUGAGGAAUCUCUUGAGGGUAUAAACACACAAAAUGAGGAUGAACUGAGCGCAACUGACAUAUUUUCAUUUGAUGAUCUUGACAAGCGACGUAUUUACCUAAUGAAAAGACAAAACGACAUACCACUCGAUGAUCUUUUGCGGUUGUGUGAUGAAAAGGACUUUUAUUUGAAGAUGAAGAGCAUCGAAAUAGCAUGCAAAGUGCACACCAAUACGUUAAGAGACAGUCCUAACUCGUUAUUUUGGCAAUUUGUUCGUAGUACGCUCAUCACUGAACAGGAUCAUGAAAUCGUAGGUUUUUUACUUAAAUGUCUGCGCAAUUUCUUCCUGGAAAAUUUGCUGAAUGAAGAAGUAGACGAGGAAUUGUGCACGGACUUAAGCAAAUCCGUUGUUCUUACAGAUAAAGAACGCAUGAGCUUCGGUUCGAAUGACCAGCAAAAAGAUGUUACAGCCGAUGACAUUAACCUACUAAAUAUACGCAUUUCAGGCUAUCAGCCAACAGAAACAGGCGUUGACAUGUGCUAUGAGGAAACUAUGGAUGAUUGUAGUGCCGUUUUUGACAGUUCAAAGUUUCUACCGUAUUCUAAACGAUACAACCAGCGUAGAAAGAUUGAGGACUUUCGUGUGCUUUUUAUUUCUGAUGUUGAAGUCCAACACAGGCUAUUAUCCUUUGUAGAGACGGAUGAUUUGUGUUAUAACACGCUUUUCUUAUUUUGGUUACUUUCGUUUACCAAAGAGGUUUUUGAGAAGUUAAAUCCUGUGGACUUGAUCGGUGCUCUAGCGAACAAAAUUAAGAAGGACUCGUUGGAUAAGAUCUUCCGGAUGGCGUGCCUGAUCUUUAUGAACAUAAAAAAACACGAUCUGUUCAUUUCGCUGAAGAAUCUGCAUCUAAUGCUCAACACCAGCAAGAUAAUGCUGAACAGGAAGUCAGAGGAUCUUGAAUACAGCCACAACAAGAAGGAGCUUUAUAACUACAUAAUGAAAAAGAUAAAAAACGUUUCAUCGGUUGAAAAUUACUUGAAGGAGCUUUACAGCGGUCAUUUAGAGCCUACACUUUACCAUUUUGAAGAAAGUUUUUGGAAUGUAAAUCUGACCAAGCUGCAGAUCAAGAAGCACGAGAUAAUAAAAGCAAUACGUUUGUAUCUGAAGAGAGGAGAAAGACAAAAUGUGGUGAUGGCGCUCAACGAUCUACUUAUGUUUCACAAUGUGGAUGCAUCGAUUGGCAGGCUGAUAGAGAACUACGGCGUGAAAGACCAGCUAAUAGAGCUGUGUGGAUCAAAUGACAAUGAAAUACAGUUCCUGGCACUGCAAGCUUUUCUUAGCGUUCUUAACCAGCAGCUGUAUUGAGUAUGAUACUCUUCAUUAAACUUUGGUGUACCUUCAGA